AUGAAAGGGUCUGAUUGGAAGCCUGGAGCGAUUGUUCUGGCAAUUUACCAAGGAAAUUGGGCUUUCGGAGGAUUUACGACGCUGAAUUAUGGAUCAGAGGAGAUUCAGAUUGAGAAUUUCAGAAAAACCUUGCCACGAGCCUGUCUUGGUGGUCUUGUUAUUUCUGCAGUGAUUUAUGUUCUAGUCAAUGCUUCCUAUUUUGCCAUUUUGACACCACAGGAGGUUAUCGAUUCUGAUGCAGUGGCUACAACAUUCAUCCAAAGAACCGUUGGGAAUGAUGCCGCAUUUGCUGUUCCCGCCGUGGUUGGAUUUCUGCUGAUUGGAACAUUAAACGGAGAUAUUUUCGGUUGGAGCAGGUACAUGGUUGCCGGUUCACGACGGAAAAUGAUGCCCACUUGCUUCAGUUUGAUACAUGUUGACAAUGACAGUCCGAGGGUUUCUGUCUUUUUUCAUACAUUCACCUCCAUCAUAUUUGCAUUCCUGGGAGACGUUGACCAACUCGUAGAUUAUUUGAAUAUAGUCAGUAUACUAACUACAAUCUUCCCUCUGGCAGUACUUGUAAUAAUCAAAUGGAAAAAGAUGCCAGUUGCAGCAGAUCCAGUGAAAUACAGUAUAUUCUGGCCAGUUUUGAAUAUAAUCAUAAUGAUUGCCCUGUUGGUUAUUCCAAUUCAACAAGACCCCAUUUCAUUCAUCAUUGGGUUUUCUAUGUUUUUGGGAGGCGUUGUAGUCUACUUUGUGGUCAAGUUUAUAGUUAAUCAUACCAAAUUUCUUGGAAUCAUUGAUAGAAAACUAACUCAUCUCUGUCAAAUACUAACAUGGACUGUUGUAGACUUGGGACCUGGAGAAAAAACUCAUUUGUGA